ACGGCCAACAUGUUCAGCAAGCUCAUCGCCCUCGCCACCCUGGCGGCAGUCGCCCGCGCAGGCGUCGUGCCCACCGGCCCCGUGGCCUACGCCAGCCCGGCCGCCUACACCCACGCCGCCCCGGUGGCGUACGCCGCCCCCGCCGUGGCCAAGGUCGCCGCCCCCGUCGCCUACGCUUCCCCCGCCUACACCCACGCCACCUACGCCCACCCCGCCCCCGUUGGUUACGCCGCCCCUGCCGUGGCUAAGGUGGCCGCCCCCGUGGCGUACUCCGCUGCCCCCGCCUACACUCACGCCGCCUACGCCGCCCCCGCUGCGUACGCCCACGCCGCCCCUGUGGCCUACGCCACCCCCGCCGUGGCUAAGGUGGCCGCCCCCGUCGCCUACGCAGCCCCUGCUGCCUACGCUCACGGCCCCGUCGUCGCUAAGGCCGUCGCCGGCCCCGUCCUCGCCAAGACCGUCGUCGACACCGACUUCGACCCCAACCCCAGCUACAACUACGCCUACGACAUCCACGACGCCCUGACCGGCGACGCCAAGAGCCAGCAGGAGUCUCGCGAAGGCGACGUCGUCCACGGCUCCUACUCCCUGGUUGAGCCCGACGGCACCCGUCGCAUUGUCGAGUACACCGCCGACCCCGUCAACGGCUUCAACGCCGUCGUGCACAAGGAGCCCGCCCAGGUCGCCGUCAAGGCCGUCGCCGCCCCCGCGGCCUACGCCGCCCCCAUCGCCAAGGUGGCCGCCCCCGUCGCCUACGCCGCCCCUGCGGCCUACGCUCACCCCGGAGCGUACGCCCCCGCCGUCGCCAAGGUGGCCGCCCCCGUCGCCUACGCCGCAUCCCCCUACGGCUACCACCACUAAGUCCGACACCCUGAGUGCUGUCCCACCGCCUCCGACUAUUUAUUGACCUGACUGUAUA